CGAAAAGACCACAUGGUAGUUAAAUCUUUCUCCCGACCACACCGUCUCCGUAGAGUUCGUUGCAGACAAUUUUCGUUUCCUUGCAAAAAUUUCAAAUUUACCGCAUCAAGCGCUUUGGGAAAAAUGUCAUUGGAAAAAGACAUAAAGACCCUCCGGGCGGAGCUGAGCGUAUUGAAGGACAAAGCCUUGUACGGCCGGCCGCAACCCCCGGGAAGCUCGUCUUCGGGUGGCGGAAUAAAAGCGACGCGAAAGCGAGCGGACUUCGACAGUUCUUCGGAACGAGACUCGGAUUGCAGUACCGACGCUUCCGUGAAAGAAAAGCUUUUACGCAGUCAGCACUUCUACGAUGUCUUCAGGUAUUAGGAGGGUACAAUAAUUGGAAUUAUCUUUUUAUUUGUGUCUUGUUUAUUUUCUCAUAGUCUAGUGCUAGAGGUGGUAGAGGUUCCAUUGAUAGGAUGACGAUGAUCAGGUAUUAAUUCAAGAUCAUUCAAAAAUCGCGUUCCGAACACAAACAAGAUACACCCUGUCAAGAAGAAGCAUCUCAGACAAGCUUUAUCAUCAUUUUCAUUUCUCUACAACAGGAACCGCAGCGGCAAGCGGUUCGAAACGAGGACUGCACCAGGGCGGAACACGGCGUCGAGAUUGGUCAUGCUCCGCCAACACGAAGGGAACAAACCAAAUUUGGACAGCGAAGAGGAUCCUGAUCCCGCGCUCAACUCAGCCUACCUGCGGAAGAUACCGAAGCAAGGAUCGGCUACUUCUAGUUCGUCCGCGUCCUCGUCUAGCAGUGCCAGUGCCGCAUUGUUCAACGGGCAGCAGCACAGAACGAGCAACUACAAGCCGUCUGCUUGUUUUUCCAAGAAGAACUACAACAAAAGUCAAAAUCGUUUCCACCGGCGCCGACAGGAGCCACUGGAGGACGACGAGACCCCCCUGGACCCCGGCACUCGCCGAGCGAGGAGCAGUUCUCUAUUCCAGCGAAACGGGGGGCAGCGCGAAAUCGCCGACGUGAACACGACGUCGAGUCAACUCGACCGCAGCCUCUUCGGCCACGGGGGCGGCGGAGAGGGGCUGGUGACGCCGAAGGUGGUGCAAGUGGAUCAUCAGGCUGCGUUCCAGGAUAAAAAUCCUUUCUCUGGGAGUAGAGAAACAAGAAGUGGGCGAAAAAGAAACAAGCUGAACAACAGCAAUUCAUCACCAAGUAGUAGAAAUUAUAAGCACAAGCCGGCACUCGACUGUGGCACGCAGCGGACCCGGUCGCUGAUCGAGUAUGUUAGGGAUCUGGAGAACAAAGAUGAGGAUAAUCAGCGGGAAGAAAGGAUGCACACCAACGCAGAUGGAGAUCCUCGUGAAAGCAAUAAUUUGUUUCCACCGGAUGGCUACAACAACAAGUACAGCAACAGCAAUCUAAACCGAUCGCUCCAGAUUUACGAGCACGAGGCGACGAUCCGACGGGGGCGAAAUAAAUCUGUCGACCACGUAAAGAACAACCGAAAACCGCUGUCGCAGCAGAUUGACAGCGAUUUGGAGUACGUGUCCAGCCUUCCGCCGUCGCCCAUCCGCACGAACGACCACCUGGAGCGCGAAUGGAGACUGCUGAAGCAGGAAGUGAAGAAAACGAAAAACAAUAAAACCAGCAGGAGCAGUUGUAGAACAGCUGCAGUGGAAGCCGUCGCUCCUGUGUACUGCAACGAAUUGUAUGAUGACGACAGAUUUCAUUCCCAAUCGCAAUCGCAGGCGCGCUUCGUCCCGCUGGCAGAUCCGGCACCGCGCGAGGGACUGGGGCAGUCUUUCGCGCCGGGUGGAACUACACGAACAACAACGAGACCCGGAGGAGGAAAUUACAAACCAGGAGCCGGCACGACACGUAGAAGUACUAGAGCCAGCAACAACUACGUUGCGCCCUCUGCUUCUACGCAGAUGAACCUCCGGACAAGAGCAGGACAACUACAACAUCCGUCUCAAGAACGUAGAAGUUCUACAACAACGACCCGGCCCGCAAAGGUCACGAAGAUCCGACUACCGCUGACGGACUAUGUCGGCAAGAAGCCGCAAGAAGAUGAAGGCAACAUCAAUACAGCAGCAGUUGGUAGGAAAGUUACGUCCGCAUCAAGUAGAAGUGGAGGGAGCAGCGGACCACUGUCAAAAACACAUCCGGCCCAAUCCCCACCCUUUCUGUUCAUGCCGGAGCCCGCGGUGGGAACAAGCAACUCGGUGCACCACAGCAAGCAGCUGAAUCCGGUCGGGUUUCUGAGCGACACCGGUUCGAAGCCGGGACACUGGGCCAGUGGCAGUGGCCACCACGACUUCAACGCGUAUCACCACCACGGCGGCGAGCGUCACCACGCCGGCGGCGGGGACCGGCGGGACCCGGAUAAGAUGCAGGCGUACUCCUCGGCGGCGCAGUUUAACAUCCGGAAAUUGUCGCGAACAUCAGGAUAUCCUGUGCAAAAGUAUCGUACUCGUAGUAAAUUGCAACUAUGCAUGACAAAUCUUCUUCCUAAGGUAAAACAGCUUUCCAUUUCUAAUGCUGAGGCAAUUUGUAUUGCGAUUUAUACUAUGACGAUACUUUUGCAAUGCAUACAGGAGGGGUGAACAACCCGAAUAGAGCGUUCCAGCCGCCGUCCCGACAAAAGCAGGCCUUCAACAAGUACCGUACGCCGGCAUUGCGGGGAGGGAUCCGACCGGUCCGAGCGAAAUCGACAUCGGCGAUACGUUCGGCGUACGGAGGCGGAGCGGGUGGUGGAUCAUCAUCUUCACGUGCGGGGGCCGACAGCAACUACACGCGGUCUACAGCACCUGCUGCUGCUGUGGUACCCCCACCCGCUCCCGCAGCCUCCACAGGACCUACGAGAAUGGUGCAAGAUGAACAGCCUGGUGGGUUGUCCUCGUCGUCAGCCCUCGUGGGCUCUGGUACAACUACGGCAAAUGGAGCAAUUGGAACGACAGCAGGGCCAGUAUCCCCACCCGGAGUUGGUUUCGGGUCCAGCAUUCCUCCGCCUGAGCUAUCAAGUGCAAAAAUGUCCGGGUCUGGAAGACUGCGAGAUUUGUCAUGCUUGUCUGGGAUGACCAAAAAGUUUGUGAUGCGUGUUCAAGAAGAGACCCCCUUGCCUGUCAUGCAAAAACGCAGUUUGUCAUGGGAAAAACGCAACACAAAGAAGCGCAGAUAUUUCUGAUGCUUGGCUGUGCAUUACAGAGCAUUCCCUAUUCCCAACGCAGCAUCACAAGUUUCCAGACCCAGACAUUGUUGACAUUUGAUAUGAGCCAGAGAAGGACGACCGGCCGCCCGUGGCGGACGUGCGGGAGCAGCGGAUGUGGAGCACGGACAUAAGAACAGCGAGAAAUUUGGUUCCAAAGCUGCAGUAUCCUGUGCAAAAGUAUCGCACUCGUACUAGUCGCAGUCUGGCAUGACAGAUCCGCCUUGCUACCUGAACCUGCAUGACAAAUUUUUUUUUUUUUUCUGGGAAAAUUUGUCAUGCGGUUUACACUAAUACGAUACUAUUGCAAUGCAUAUGCAGCAGCGCACGCGGCUCUACGAUUCUCACCGGCAGAGCGCGGCCCCCGAGGUGGGGCCGCAGGGCGUGAACAUCCAGGGGCUCCAGCACGCACCGGACGGGUUAGCGCCGACGGCGAUGACAUUUACGGAGCGGAGGCUGGAAGCUAAGCAAGAUCAAGAGAGUACUUAUGAACUUGCGAUGUGAUUUGUUGUUACUUACUGUUUCUCUCAUUUGAUGUGUUGACAUUUAAAUUUAUCCCGUGUAGCAAAACUACGUUUUAAAAACCUAAUAUCUGCUUCAGGAAACCGCGACAUUGCAGCGCGAAACGUGAGAAUAGCGCAACAGAAGCACGAAGCGCGGGCUCGACAGCGGUCCAACCUUGCUGCGGAAAUGAGCAGCGUUUCGCAGGCAGGUACGGUACUUGAGCUUCCUUGUCAACGUGUUUAUUUCGAUGGUAUUUGUGUUAGAGACAAAUUGGUGACGAAGUGAACAAGCCAUCUCCACAGAGCAACGGAACUUUUCCACCACGAGAGGAAAGUAGACACUACCACAACGCCGAACCAUGCAAAUAAUCAAUUCCACUUUGCACAGGUAACAGCAAGAAGCUGGACCUGAGCAGCGUGUUCCGCAGACAAACCGCGCCGGUGACCGUGUUGAAACGCGUCGUCUCUCCGCAGACCGCUAUCAAAUGUAAAAGUGUCUGGGUCUGGAAGAAUGCAACUUGUGAUGCUGAAUUUGGAUUCCAGAAAAAUCUGCAUUGCAUGAGCAGCAAAGGGGGUGCAAUUUUUGCUACGCGGAGAGGGCAUUUGUCAUGCGGAAAAGGCAUCGCGAAGCCCUCAAAAAAUCUGUGAUGCUAAGGCAUGCAUCACAGACAUCAUGGGUCAUGGAAAAUAUGCAUGACAAGUCUCAGAAUCUUCCAGACCCAGACAUUUUUACAUUUGAUAACCGCGGAACCCGAGCAAAUCACGAAGUCGAAAGCGUACUCCCGGCCCGCAAGCGUGGAUAUCAAAUGCAAAUAUGUCUGGGUAUGGAAGAUUCUGAGACUUGUCAUGCACGUUUUGCACGAGCUAUGAUGUCUGUGAUACAUGCCCUAGCAUCACAGGUUUUUUGAGGCCUUCUUGAUGCCUAUUGCGCAUGACAAAUACCGUCUCUGCGUAGCAAAAAAUAGAAUCCUUUUGCUGCUCAUGCAACACAAAUUUUUUAGACAUCCAAAUGCAGCAUCACAAGUUCGCUUCCUUGCAGACUCAGACAUAUUUGCAGUUGAUAGUGGACCCCAAAAAGCAUCUUACCGGCGAGACCACGUUCCAGCGUAGAGGGAUCCCGAAGUACGACUACAAGGCACCUGGAUCGAGGAUCACCAGCCCGGGACGGAGUGUCACGUCCUCGCCAGGCGCGGGUCGCCGGGGGUCCUCUGGCCGAAGUCCGCAGCGACGGUCCAGCUUUUCCCAAUCCAGCCCAAGAAGGAGCAGUGGAACUACAAACAACGGCCGCUCUCGCAGUCCUGCGCGCCAAAAGCGGAAAAACAGCUAUUUGGCUUCGUACACAGCGAAGAAAAACCAGUGGCGGGGCAGCGGCUCGCCCCCGGGCGCGGGACCGGCGUAUCAAAUGCAAAAGUGUCUGGGUCCGGAAACUUGUGAUGCUGGGUGUCAUUCGCACUUGUUGUGGUGGCAACAAUUAUGCGAUGCCAAAACCUUUUUUGAUCGCAUACCUAUUUACUAGCGCUUACGUAUAAGUAGCCAUACUAAGUUUUCCAAUUUAGCUUUUCAGUAGUGACUACGUAGUCGCGAUUUAUUGGUUUUAGUAGGCCUAGAAAAGGCACAGGGACGGACUGCCCUUAGACCUCCGAUGUGAUGCUGGGUGGCGUAUCAUGAGGAGGCCACAAGUGCUGCCUCAGCAUGACAAGUUUCUGAGCUUUUAGGUGUUGCCUAUUCUGCAUGACAAACUGCGUUUCUGCAUGACAGAAAAGAGGGGUCCUUGGGUAAUGUGCAUGACAAAUUCAAGAGCCAUUUGAGACAAGCAUGAAAAACUUGCAUUCUUCCAGACCCAGACAUUUUUGCACUUGAUACGGCGGGAUACAACGCGAAACUGGCCUACCCCGCGAUGAAUCCCCCUCCUUCGACCAGACCCCCGAUCCAGUAUCCUUUGCAAAAGUAACGUACUAGUCGUAUGAAUUGUAGUUGUCAGGCAAAUAAAUUGAAUACCUGCAUGACAAACACCAUUUUUGUUCGUUGAAAAAAAGAUGGUCUUCUUGCAGUUUGAACCUAGAGGUGCGAUACUGUUGUGAUGCAUAUCCAGCUGGAGCCGCCGAUGUCGUGGGUUGCGCCUAAAGCGGUGGAGGAGGCACGGACGUUGCGGAAAGCGGUCAAUUUAUUGCGGCAGGAAAAUGCAACGCUGCGGAGGUUUAUCAACAGCAACUUUAUUGUGACACACAGCCCGCGGAAGGAUCCGGCACGGAUUGUGUGAAAUGACCAUGCAUGGAUGCAAUCUCUGACACCCACUUCCACUCCACAGCCAAGUUGGUAGUGCAGGACCAGUUUUUCUAACGAGAAUAUAGCUUCAGCGCACACUGUCUGACGUGGCCAAGAAUAGAACCGAU